AUGGGAGCCGAAGCAUGUGGCGGCGCGAGUGGUUCUGGCGUGUCGGUUUCCACACAGGCGGACAUAGCACAUUCAGCGAAGGGCUACGAAUCGGAGGAUGAAAACGCGGGCAGAAAGUGGCAGAGGGCCACCGACGAGCGGCCAACCAGCAAGACUACGAUGUACUCCAAGCAGGAGUUCCGAGAACAAUACUGUAUCAACAACAAACAAUUGGACUUGUUGGAAUUGGAAAAGUCCAAAAAGGACAGAUUCCUCGGAUGCCUGUCACAGUACCACAUCGAGAGUCCAUGUUCGAGAGCCAACAGAGCAUCAUUUCUAUCCGUGUGUGUCCGUCGUCGAGUGCCCUCGGAUGAGAAUCUCAACACCGACUAUGCACCCAUACAGCGGUAUCCCAGGUUCGGUCAACCAAGUCCCGCACCGCCCGAGGUGUGCGCAUAUGAUGCCGAUCUGGAAUGUUCAUACUUUCGACGGAGGCCUCGCUCCGUGUGCAGUCAACCUGACCCCAAAAGGUAUACCUGGAUGCCAGAGGAUGAAGACUUCACCCGGAUGGAAUGGCCACAAUCGGUAAUAGAAGAUAACGCGGGUUGGCCGCAGAACUACAAUGUGGACCAAAUCGCGUCUGUUAGCCGAGGAGGCUCUUUACCUAGGCCGCCUUCAAUGAUACCCUGCCCCGCCCACACUCCGAUACCUCCGCCACCUCCACCACCGCCUCUCACCAUACCACCGCACAGGACAAAACACGUAUCCUUCGCUAGAUCCCAUACAUUAACCACUUUUGAUGACUCCGUAAUGCCAGCGGCUGUAAGCGGCAGCCGGUUUAGAAGGGAUUGCGAAAGACUUAUAGACGGUCGUGUAGUUAAGCCAGAAAAUAAGCCUUACUCAACGUUACCGGUCAUGUUUCAACCGUUCCCGCCGUAUCCUCAAUAUAUGGCUCAAGCGCCUGCGCCUAUACACUACCCGCCAAUAACACCAUUGCCAGCACACUCCAUGCCAAUGCCACGUCCCACACAGACUGAAGGACCAAAAGUCGUUGUUUUAGAUUCAAUUAAAAAAGGAGUUAUGAGAACACAAGCCACCCAGACUGAAGUUUGUUUAGGAAGGAAACCACAUCCACCCAACUAUCUGUCACUAAGUCCACGUACAAUCAAAAGGGUCAAAAUGGUAGCUGCAGGAGUUCAAACAAAUGGAUAUACAGUAGGUGUAAGACGAUUAACCAAAUCUUUCUCCGAAGUAGGAGGAGAUCGCUUAUCAGGAAGGGAACAGAAUGAGGUCACUGUAGCUAUUGAAAGCAUAGUUGGGGCGGAUCAUGAAAAACUUCAUAGAACCCAAUCAGAGGAACCUCCUAGAUCACCUAGAUCACCUACAUCAAUGAUGCCAUCUUCACCUCUCAUGAGAGGAGAUUCUGAUGAUGUCACGUCAUCGUCAGUAAAAUCUAUUGCAUCGUCACAAGUAGACAAAUCGGAUCUUAGCACAUACCAAAAACAAGCGCAAGAAUAUUUUCAACAAAAUUUUCAAUUCAUACAUGAAAGCGAUCGAGAUGACACUAUAGAUGAUGACAUAGAAACAUUAGAAAAAAGUAUGGCAUUAAAUCGAAGAAAUUUAGAAUAUUUACAGCAAGAAAUAGCUAAGCAAGCCAAAGGAGACAAAUCAUUGCGAUCGAUACUAUCAAAAAGUACAAGUGACGCAUCACAGAAGACAAUAAACUCACAUCACUUAUCAAAAACAUCAACAUUUCAAUCAGAGCCAUCAACUGAAACAUCCGCCACUACAACUGAUGAUAGUGAAAAGAAUGAGAAAGAAAUAAUUAUAGACUUCGAACCCAGACCUGACGAUGAAGCGAUACCAUUUACUACAUUGAGACGAAAAAAUAAGAGAAUUUUACAUAAAACGAUGUCUGAAGGCGAAAUAUUGUUAGAUGCGAGAAAAACGGAAAUCUCCACUGGCGGUGAAGGAGUGAAAGACGCUCCUAUAGUCAUGUCGACAAGUCAAGAAAAUAUGAAUAAAGAAGAUAGGGAAAGAGAAGCGAUAUAUCGACAAUAUAUCACUCAAAAUUAUAAUCAAACACCUAUAAAAGAUGAAGGGAUUUUUGGAUUUGAACCAGAUGGUUCUUUUAGUUCUUCAGAUGGUAAUGCUCCAUACGAAGAUUUUCACGAAAAAUACAUUAGUUACAAGCAUGAACCAUUUAGAAUUCGGAGUGUUAGCUUUGAGGAAAAAACUGAACGAGUUAACGCAGACAUUCCUUUGGACGGUACGGCUAAAUCUAGUCCUGCAUCACCAGAUCCGGUGAGUUGUGAUAUAGAUGUAGAACAAAAGACCAAACGGGCGAUCAUAUCAAACAAUAUAACAACAAUACUGGCACCCCUAGAGAAGUCUUCACCUUGCGCCUCGAGUGAAUCACUUACUGUAGACCAUAGCAGGGAUCAUUCAGAUGGUAUGUGGAAUGAAUCACAAACAACAGUAUUACAAGUAGAUUCUGGUACAGAUAAUGGGACCGUAAUAAGUUCGUCAGAUCUAAGUUCUUUAGCGACGUCUCCCGGAGCAUUGGCGUUAUUAACUCCAACAUCACGAAGAAAACAGUUAUUGUUAUUACAACAUCAACAACGAUCAUCUUUAGAUACAGACGCUUUAGAUGAAGAGUUUGACGCUUCUCAGAGUCAAUCACCAACUUCUCCGCGUAACAAAUUAGACACAUCUAGUUCCAAUUCUCAACAAACACGACAAUCUCUAUCACCACCCGCUGUUGUUCCCAACAUAACACUUCCAAUUACAAAACAACCGACCAUAUCUAAAGCUCUCCCACCCUCACAGAUAAAACCAAAUCAUACACCUGCUAUAGCAAUAACCCAUCCAAGUUUAGACCUGUCAGAUGUACCCUUUAAAAGAACACCCAGUUUCAUUAAUAAAAAACGAGAGAGAGCAUUAAGUCCUUCAAGGCGACAAGAAUUACAAAAAAAAGCGCAACAAAAGGAACCAAAUGGAACGAUUCCAAACCAAGUAGCAACUACUCCUACAGAUCAAACGCUGCCAAAAGCGGCUAGUAGUGAGACAAGUCUUGCUCGAACUGAUUCAGGCAAAAUUAAUACGACUGAUGUCUCUGAAAGUACAACUACUACAGAGGAUUAUGUGACAGCAAACUCCGAUAGUUCAAAGAAAAGUAAUAGUAAAAAUCAAAAUCAUAAUUCUGAAAGUAAUAACAAGGCACAAGAGGGAUCAUCAUUUGAGAGUGCAUCAAGUUUAUAUUCCUCAACUAAAACUGAUAAUGUUGCUGAAGACCUUAUAGUGCCAAGUUUUUCGCCACCUUUAGAAAUUAGAGAAGAUUUUAUAGUUCCUAAUUUAUCAUCCCCUCCAUUACCAUUACCUGAAAGAAUACAAAAACCAUCAGUUGAACGAUUUGAAGUAAAAGCUGAUAUAACUCCAAUGGAAAAUAGAAGAACUAAGACUGAAAUUGUGAAAAUAAAAGAUGAUGUACCUACUAAAUCAAGUACAGGAUCUCGAGAAGGAAUAAGUGGAAAAAGUAGUUCAAGCGGCAGUUACAGCGUAGGUGGAUCAAAUCCAAAUAUGACUGAAUCAACAGAUAAAAUUACAAUUGAUAAAAUAAAAGAACUACCAGAAAAAGUAGCAAAGCAAGAAAUAAGACAUAAAGAAGAUAAAAAAGUCGUUGAAAACAAAAAAGAGCAACUUAUACCUAAGAUGGUGGGUUCCUUAUCCGAUGACGAGAGAAGCGCUCACUAUUCUUCAUCUGGGUAUUAUGAAAGUCCUAACGACGACGACGAUGAUGGAGGUCUAACGUACAAACACAGUCAAAAGUAUAGAUCAGCAGGCAGACCAAAAGCUUGGAUAUCAGAAGAGAAGAGGCGAAAAAAGAAAGCUUUCACUUUAGAAUUUUCUAAAUCAUAUGACGAAUCUAUUUCUACUUCACAAGAUGAUUGGGGUAAAAAAACAAAAGAAUUUGACAAUAAUCCCCGUUCAGAUAGAAAUACAACUAAAACUAAGUCACCCUUAGAAGAAAAAAUACCUGAGAUUAGAAAAAAGAAAACACACUUUGUUGAGAAAACAAAAAGUAUUCAAUCUUCUCCAAGAGAACCAGUAGAUAUAGAAAAGACGAUCAAAGAAAAAACAAUGAAGGAAAAAGAAAAUGAUAAUAAGAGACCAAUUGAGAGGGAAAGAUAUGUGAAAAGAACUAAGCUUAAAGCUAAAAGUCCUACACAAAGUAAAGCAAUGGAUGGUAGUUACAGAUCGAAUGUUAAACUGCAUUUAAAUAUUCCGACUUCAGAUGAUUCUAGUGAACAGUAUAGGAAAGAAGGUGUCGGAAAUGGAAACGUUUCUCCAAGGAAAUACAGACGAUUGCGAGACAGUCCGAGAAGAAAGACCACUAAUAAUUCAAACUCUACCAAAUCACCUACUACGAAUAAUCACACUGGAUAUAGUUGUAGACCACGACGAAAAAGUGGUUCAAAUGAAAGCAUAUCAUUACCGGGUAGUCUGCCUCGAAGGAAGCAAUCGAUACCAACUGUUCCUUGCCUCAGUUCGUUGGAAGCUGAAGAUAUUGAAACUGCUAGAACAUUAAAUAGUGCAGGAUCGAGGCUAACUCCACUACGAUACGCAAAAAGCCCAACUACAUCACCAAGACAUAAAAAACCAGAAAAGGAUGGUAAAUUCACAGCGGCAUCAGCAGAGUCCUUACGCUCCGUAUCUCCAGGAUCUGAUUCGGUGUUCUACUCAGAGCACACAGAGCAUCUGGCGGGGGAAUGUGAAGCGAAGGCGCACUGCUUACACUGUGGCAAGGAGGUGCAUAUUGUUACUGCGCAGAAUGAUCCCGAUAGGGUAUCUAGAACUUCCACUCAUACUGAUGAAUCCUAUGUAGAUGCAACGCCAGAUAUCGUUCCUGCACCAGCAGGCUUUGCUGAUUCUCCAUUGGGUAGUAUCUCUAAAAAACACACAAGCGGAGUAAGAUUAUACAAGAAAUUAGAUAAAAGAUAUCGUUCUGAAGAUAAAUCGAGGCAUCAUUAUCGUACUCGGCAAGAUGUUCGAGCGAAGUCAGAAGAAAGAGGUAAAGAAGAGUACGCAGGCAUUGAAAAGCCGCAAGAUACACGUAUAGCACGUUCGGCCGGAAACUCCCUCGACAACCUUGACAUAGCUGAUGCUGGGGUCGACCCAGAUGAGCACGAAGAUUUUUCUGGAAGUUCUGAUGCAGAAGACGAAAAAGGCGUGUAUGCGACGCCGUGGUGGUGUGGCAACUGGAUACUGCUGUCUGAAAACGAUGACAAUUGGACUAGAAUACCACCAGAUAAAAUAGAUACAGUAGAGCAGGAAGACCCAACGGAAUCUGAAACAGAAUUCAACAAGCGGUACGUCGCGCUCACGCACCGCCUCGUGCAUCGCCGCGCCUGCAUCGAACUGAAUAAACGGCAGGCCGAUAAUAGUUUUGUUCAAGAUCGUGCGUUUGGAAUUUGGAAAAUGCGGCACAGCUUUAGUCUGAGUUCCAAUCCUCCUGCUGGGAAUAUAAGACAGAAGUUAGAAGAAAUAUUUAAAUUGAUGCUGGUACUAUGGUGUCGACAAACGCAAGCAAAUAAACUUGUAGCUUUGGAACCUUGUGAAAGCGACAAAACGGUAGUGGUCCGUCGUGGCAAUGAAGAGUUUGGGUUCAGAAUACACGGGAGCAAGCCAGUCGUGGUGUCAGCCAUCGAACCUGAUACUCCGGCAGAGUCAUCAGGGCUUGAAGUUGGUGACAUCAUUAUUGCCGUAAACGGAAUCAAUGUGUUAGAUAAAACACAUUCAGAAGUUGUGAAAAUUGCUCAUUCUGGUUCCGAGAUUCUGGAAUUGGAUGUGGCACGUACAUGCGAGGUGGUCGCCUCACUGGCGCACGAGGGCGGCCCGGCCGCGCUGUACUCCGGGUACCUGUGGCGCGCGGCGCUCGCGCGCGGACACCCGCCGCGUUGGACGCGGCGGUGGUUCGUCCUUAAAAGAGAUAACUGCCUAUAUUACUAUAAAACGGAUUCGAGCAUUCAUCCAGUGGGAGCAUUAAUGCUGAUCAACUACCAGCUAACAGAAGAUGAGCGUUGUGGGCGUCCGCACGCCUUCCGCCUCCAGCGCGGCGGCGGCGCGCGGCUGCAACUCGCGGCAGAUUCUGCGGAGGCAUCCGCUAGGUGGCGCGCUGUGCUUGCACACGCUAUCGAUGCUAGUAACCAGAGAGAUGGCUGGUUAGAAGUAACUAUGAGGAAUAUGAAGUUACCACCAUCUUCAAUACCAAGACCGGAUUGCUUUGGAUAUCUAAUGAAAUUAGGCUCGAAGUGGAAAUCCUGGGCUAAACGAUACUGUGUGCUGAAGGACGCAUGCUUAUACUUUUAUAAUGACGGAAAUAGCAAAAAUGCUUUUGGCAUGGCGUGUCUCCACGGCUACAGGAUACAAACGUGCUCUACGGGUGGCAAGAAAUACGCGUUCGAAGUAAUGCCUACCGAACCCAAACAGAGACACUUCUACUUCCACACCGAAUCUGAAAUGGAUAGGAAAAGAUGGAUGGCAGCUCUAGAAUACUCUAUAGAUCGCUGGAUGAAGGCCGGU